AUGGCUGCUGAAUCCCCGCCUACGACUUCCACCAACUCCAAAGUCGGCAUCAGUCUCGGCGUGAAGGACUUCAACGUCGAUAGCUAUGCCGCUAGGCUAGUAGAUGCCGAAAUAACAGACCUCAAAGAGAAACUAAAUAUCGCACUGGAGUUACGCGACAAUAUCGAUCAAAUAUCUCAGCAUCAAGAUUAUGCUAGAUAUCUAUCCACUCUUCUUCCCGCUUUCUUGGGUUCCCUGAGGCAGGCAAAAAUAUCCCUCAACGCUUCAACCAACGAGCAUAAAUUCCGUAGCACCAUUCUCACCCUCAUUCAUCGCUUUCCCCCUUCUCCUAGCAUCAGCGCUAAUGUCGACGAUCUCUUCUCCGUUCUCCUCAAUAUCCUUCGAACCGACAACGAAGACAAUGGCUGGCUCUGUGUUAAGAUCAUCAUCGAUCUUGUUAGGUCGUUUAAAAAGGAAGCUGAAGGUCCCAGUAAGCACUUUCUGGAAGUUUUCAAAGGUAUGCUCGAGCAAAUGCCUGCUGUUGUUGAGGAGGUGUUCCCUAACGACGGUAGUGGCAUCUGCAGCGACAUUACCAGAUACAAAGGCGAGCAGAAUCAACAACGUGAUCUACUCCCUGCCUUUAAAUCGUUCAAAGUCAUCACUGAAUGUCCAAUAGCCGUCGUGUGCAUAGUCCAAUCAUACCAGCAUUCUCUGGCGCAGUACAUGCUCGACACUUUUGUCACUCUCUCUGUAAAUAUUCUCCAGCUCGAAGCUGGACCACAACGUAAGCUGCACGAGGAAGCUGCUAAACAAGGCAAAAACAACACAACUAUCUCACCUCUCAUCAAAAAUCGCAAUUUAUACUGCGAAUUCAUCUUUUCUCAAGUAAAGACAGUCUCAUUCAUUGCUUAUGUGUGCAGAGCUUGGCAUUCUUAUGUCACCCCACACGCUCAAACACUCGCCAAGGCUUGUUUACGUUUGUUGAAAGAUUGCCCAACUGAAUUGUAUUCGGCAAGGAAGGAAAUCCUCGUAGCUACAAGACAUAUUGCAGGUAUAAACGAGAUUGGCAGACCUGCCUUCUUGUCAGUGUUUAAUGAGCUACUUGAUGACAAAGUUAUUGUUGGCGAGGGUAUCAUGACUAGAGAGACUCUAAGAGUGUUGGGUAUGGGUUUGCUCGCUGAUGUCUUUGGUACUGUUCGGGGAGAUUUAUCUUUUGAUCAGAUUCGUCAAACUCUCAAUAAAGCCUUAGUCAACAUGCUCGAUCCAACGCUGCCACCACACGCUCAUUCCAUCUCCAUCAAGAAGAUUGUCGCCCUUAUUGAUCGUAUUGUUACGGCUAAUAAUGUCCACGAAUCUGAUGGGAAUCCUAAUGAAAUGCUGCAUAUGAUUGUUCACGCUCUCAUCAGUAAACUCAAAAGCAUCAAGUUGUUUAAAGAUGAUCUCGUUCAGAUGAGACUUGUGCCUGGUCCAAGAAGAGGUGUAAAGGAAAACAAUACCGAUAAUACUAUGGAGGUUGAUGGUGACGAGAAGGAUACAAAAGAUGAUAAGAACGGCUACGAUGAAAAGUUCAACCAAGCCAAUGAAAUUGAUGAAAUUCAAGUCGAGCAGUCUAAACCUGUCGGCGCACUGAUAAAUGUCCAAGAGCCAUCAUCAGAGAAAGUACGGGAUGCAAGAAUUACAUUCAGAUUCACUUUACAAGCUUCCAUAGCCGCUAUUACUGCCUUCAAGCAUCUACCAGUCUCGUCUGCCACUGGUCCAAAAGGCAACUUGAAUGCACAGGGUUCAGCAGGUCCAAGCAGCGAAGCACUUUGCGAAUUUUUCAAAGCAUCCGUACAAUCAUUUGGACUUUACGACAGAAAGGGAGAUAAGGAAGGUGCAGAGAAUCUGGAGAACUUUUUUACUGCAUUGCUCAGGGUUGAAGCGCUCGUGUUUCAAGAUGUGAUGCAGAAAAUGGUACCCUACUUAAUUGAUGAAAUACUUGAGCAUCCACCACUUUUCAAUGCCAUCAACGUUUUCCUAAACCACGAGCCUCAGUCACAGAUUUUCCUGAGCAUAUUGAUCAAGUUUUUCAUAGAAAAUUUACAGGUUUUCUCCACUGAUGAUCAUGAACGUAUUACACUCUUCCACAAGCUGUUUAAACACAUAAUGAGUUCAAUUACGCCACCGAACGACUAUCUCUUUGCUGGAUGCACUGGCACUAUUAUGCUCAAGUCUAUACGCUUAGCUCACAAAUCAAAGAAUCCUUACAACUAUUUGAUACUGUUGAAGAUUCUAAGCCAAGCUAUAGGUGGUGGCCGUUAUGAGAAGUUUUACAUGGAAAUUCAAUCGCUGCUUCAAUCCUAUAUCGACGGUCUGACAAACUUACUAGAUGAAUCUGACAGACCGAACAGAGAGAUUAUUAUACAAUUAUUUUUGAUACUACCUAUGAGGUUCCAAGUGGUUUUACCAUUCUUAAGCUCGCUCACUCGUCCACUUUGCAUGGCAUUAGAAUCCGAGAAUGUCGAAAUAUUAGAACAAGCGCUGCGAUUGGUGGAGAUAUGCGUCGAGACCUUGAACCCUCUUUACGUAGACCCAAUACUCACGCCCUACAUUCGACAGAUUCAAAUGGGGAUUUAUAAGCUACUCAAACCAGUGCCACAUAAUCACAAGUUAGCACACACCGCUGUGAGGAUACUUGGUAAACUCGGCGGAAGAAAUCGUAAAGCUAUUAAUAAACCUGCAACAGUCGAUGCCAAAGUCGUCGAUCAACCACUUUCGAUUAACGUCGCUUAUCAUGAGAAGGAGAGCUUGAAAAAGCUUAAUUUGAUUUCAUUCGUAAGGUUGGCCAUUAAAGCUAUAGAGAAUACGUCGAUCGAAUGUGCGCUUUCAAUAUCGGUCGACAAAGUUUACAAUAGAUCGGCGGACGAUGAAAGAGCUAUAUCAAUUUUGAAACAUUCUCUAGCCCCGCUUUUGCUGAAUGGCGUUAAUGGUUUAGUUCAGGAAAAUUCUUACCGGGAGAUCUUGGAUACACUCAUCAACGCUGCCACCACAACUAGCUUAUCGUCACUAUCUUUAGACUUUGUCAAGGAGCUAGUAGUUUUCGUGAUGAAGAGGGAGAUUCAGUUUGUUUAUCUCAAUUGGAAUGAUGGCAUUGUGUCUCUUUCACGUCUUGGUGGUGUCACCCUUGAUUGUAUUGCUAAUUGUCUCACAACUGCAGUAUCACGCGACGAGAAAUUGAGCUACGAUUUAGUACUCUUCUCCGUGAAUCAAAUUGUCGAAUUGGUCGCUGGUGUCGAUGAGGAUAUGAAGGGAUUUAUCUUUAAUCAAUUGUCAUCGCGGUUUUCUUCACUCUGUCAUGAUCAGCUCUGGCGUUACAAACUUGCCGGUUUGAAAGGCAUGACUCUCAUGAUUAGUGAUGAUGUCAAUCUAGGCGAAAAAUGGAUCUCUUCUCAUCAAAUUGAAUUUUACAGAGCUGCAGUGUAUAUUCUCAAAGAUAUGCCACUUGAAACUCCUGUUGAAGUGGACCUAGUCAUCGAUUUUAUUAGAAAAUUGAUUGAUAUCUGUAACGGUCCUCAGAGUAUCACCCACGAUAGUGCUUUGGAAUUUAUGGAUGCUUCACGCCCAUCGACACCGGCAGCAAGCACAGCCAAUCCUUUCAAUAGUGGUAAUAGGCCCAUAGAAUCACCUUCACUCAGUUCAACAUCAGGUCAAGGUUAUGAUAGCGUUAGAUAUCAAUUCAAUCAUCUCAUUAGUAUUUUGAUAGCUGACCUGACAUCACCCAAGGAUAUCGUGCGCAAGAAUACUCAAAAUACCUUGUCGCAGUUGUCAGAGAAAACUGGUAUGGCUAUAAAAGAUUUACUGGCACCUGGUAAAAGCGUCCUCAGCAGCGCUAUUUAUCAUAAACCACUGAGAGCGCUACCUGUUCCCAUGCAGACUGCGCGCAUCGAUGCUGUUACCUACUGCUUACAAUUAAGACCUCAAGUGUCAGCGCAUAACACACCUCAACCUGAUGAGAAGGAGAAAUCAGACAAGGAGAAGAUCGACAAUCCAGAAUCAGCUGCACCACCUAAUUCACAAUCAUCCGGCGUAUUAGAAAUCAGCGAAGACUUGACAAGAUUUGUGCAUGAAGUCUUGGGUAUCAGCGAUGCAGAAGAUGUCGCUAUUAUCGGUCAACGCCCAUCUCACAUUGUUCAAUUAGCAUUGGCAGAUUUGCGAGUAGCCUGUGUCAGGUUACUCACGGCGGCUACGUCUACGAGUGACAUAUUCCGAUCUGCAAACCAAGCUCGUAUGCGCAUUAUUAGUGUUUACUUUAAAAGUUUAUACGCACGUAGCUCAGAAUUACACGGUGUUGCUCAUGAUGGAAUCAAGCAGGUUCUCGUACAGUCUGGUAAAGUUCCCAAGGAACUGCUUCAAACUGCUCUCAAACCAAUCUUGAUCAAUCUCAGUGAUACUCGAAAGAUUAAUAUUGCAGGCUUAGACGGUUUAGCUAGGUUGUUGGAACUCUUAACCAAUUACUUUAAGGUUGAGAUUGGUACAAAGCUUUUGGAGCACUUCAAAUCAUUGCUUGAUGAGAAAGACCUUAAAGCUGCUCCAUCACCUAAGAUAAAUUUACCUCCUAAUGCUACUAUUCAACAGCAGCAACAAGCGUCGGUAAUCGCAGCUCAGACUUCGAACCAACCCCCAUUGUCUGGUGAUUUAGCAGACCUUCACGAUGUAAAAAUUAUGGUGGCUAUUGCCAAUGUGUUCAGAUUGCUACCUUCAGCUGCGAAUAUUUACCUCGAGCAAUUUUCCAAUCUAAUCGUACAAACUGAGCAGCGUUUUAGAAGGGUGAUAGGUAGCCCAUGGACCACACCUCUUGCUCAAUAUUUAGAUAGAUUUCCUAAUGAGGCCAACGAUUUCUUCUUGGCUCGUAUGGACUCAGCGGAACACUUCAACACGUACAGAGCUGCCCUUACAUCUCCACACGCCGAGAAUCUGAGAGCAGAUGUUUUAGCAAAUCCGGAGCGUUUAGUUAACAGCUUUUUCUCAUCUGAAGCCCUGUCUAAGCCAGGUUUUGCACUCCAUGGUCUCAAGAUCGUCAGAGCGUUGAUAGAUAUUCACCCAAAUAUAUUGGCUGCUAGUGAACAGCAGCGCAGUGUUCUUUGGGAGUCUAUAUGGGGUCUUUGGUCACAGCACGUUCAAUCGGACAAGCCGAUAGCUGAUAUUUACAUUCGCACGAAAGAAAUUGAAACCCUGUUGGAAAUUCUGCUUCUCCAUCUCAUCAAUCAUCCUGAUCCUGCUAUGCUGAUUUAUAUGGCUGAAGUUUUCACGCUCAAGUUGCCUCUCAAUUUGAUUGGUUUGUCGAGAUUUUAUAUCAAGAAUGUUGCCCUCUCAACGUCGUCCGAACUCAAGCAUGUCACUCUUAGCCACUUUGUCAAUAAGAUCCCUGAUGAAAACCUCUCACAGUCACACAAAAUGUUCAUCGUGAGACAUAUCGUCAAUCCUAUUGCUGUGGUGGCAAAGUAUCGUCCUGAAGAGAACGUUAUUGAUGAAGGCUUUAUUGGAGAAAUGCACAAUAAAGUAUGGUCUCCAUAUCAAAAAGAAGAAGAACUGAGUGAAGUUGGAAAUGGUCUUUUCAUAGAACUGCUCAAUUUCUCUGCCACACUUGUUGAUGUUUGUCCUGAUCUUCUCGGUGAAUUCAAAAAGGAUGUUAUCAAGUUUGGAUGGCUAUCACAGCGUCAUGUCGACGCAUCAGUCAAACACUCUGGCUACAUUCUAAUUUGCAGAUUUUUGAGAGCAUUCGACUCACCUAGCAAGAUUACACGUGAAGUUUAUGUUGGUUUGCUGAAAAGCGUCCAGCCAGAAACCAAAGCCAUGACAAAGGAGGCGUUAGACAUACUCACACCAGUGUUACCUCAGCGUGUACCCGAGAAAGCACCUGCCCCUGUCUCGCAUUUGCCACAGUGGGCUAUCAGGAUUAGAAGAGUUUUAGUCGAAGAACAACAAUCAGCUGCACAAUUAUCAACAAUUUACUCUUUGAUCAUCAGGCAUAGCGAUAUGUUCUAUCCAAUUAGGGAGUUGUUCGUUCCACACAUGCUCAAUUCUAUCACGAGAAUGGGUAUCAUUCCUUCUGCUGCAAACGACACUCGCCAAUUGUCGAUAGAUGUACUUGAGUUGAUUUUACAUUGGGAACAGAGAAGACUAGCAGAUGAUGAGAAGUUGUCAGAACAACCACAGUCUGGUGACAAGAGAAGAGCUUCUGAAUCGUUUGACGAGCAACCCGCUGCUAAACGUACAAGAUCUUCAACUGCUACAAGCACUCCUCAGCCAGGUAGCAGUACGCCUCAACCUAGUACGCCUAAGACUUUUGUUUUGCAUCAGAAUCUCAAAGGUCAUGCUAUCAACUAUUUGGUGAGGUUUGCCUCAAUAUCGAGUGAACCUAUUUCAUCUCCAGCAUCUCUUUCAGCUCGUGCUAUUGGCCUGUUGAGGGGCUACCAAGCUCUUGACAGUCACAACGAUAUAAGUGCCAAGCUGGCUUACUUCUUGAAAGUACUUGCACAGAGCGAACUGAAGGAAGAAAGUGCGACUGUCCACUGUAAUUCAGCUGAAGUACUCUGUGCGCUUGCAUUACCUGAGCAGGACUCCUAUUUCAAUAGCAACUUGGCAGGUUUAGCUAGAAUAAUUGAGAAAUGUUUUACUUCGAAUAUCAACAGACUUCAUCUCACACUUGAGCCCCUCGUCAAACGCAUUUUCAGUAUCCUUCCAUCAAUCACAGAAGAGGAUGACAGUCAGCAGGGUCGUGAAGUCAAAGCAUUCUCUAGUAUGAUCGAAAAUAUCAUCAACGAUGGCUUAUCUGGUUCUAGAAACCCACACAAUGCACUUUGUCUGCUUCGUGCAUGGACGGACGUUCAACCUGAUAAGUUCGACAUGUUUAUACCAGCACAUAUGCGUUUACUACAAAUAAUCACUCGUGAGCAUUCCUCAGCUGAUAAAAAGCCAAGCUAUCUCAUAGAUCCGAAACUCGUACCAUUGACUCUUGACUUACCGCGUAGAAGAGUGUCGCAGUUGGGUGAUGCCAGAAGAAUAUUUCUUACUUGCAUGGUCUUGUUGAUUGAGAGAAGUACGAGUAGCGAUGUUAUCAAGUACAUACUUGAAAUGAUUAAGACAUGGAUCACUGAGAAGAAUAAUGCUUUCCCAACUGCCCGUGAGAAGGCUGGUCUUCUUAUCAAGAUGAUGUCAAUCGAGGAACGCCAGUACGAUAUCAAGGGGGUAGUUAGUGACGCACCAUCGAAAGAAGUUUCACAAAAACUAUUUAAUGAGUACCUGGAGUUGAUUCUUAGUAUCUACAAAGACUCUUUCUAUGCGAGAAGUGAAAUGACUGUUCGUUUAGAAAAUGCUUUCUUGUUGGGUUGUCGUGCUUCCAACCAUGAUCUUAGGAGUAGUUUUAUUGAAGUUUUCCAUGAAAGUAUGUACCUUUCUGUUGCUUCAAGACUUCAAUACGUGCUCGGUGUACAAAAUUGGGACUCCUUGAGUAAUGUCUAUUGGAUUCAUCAAGCUUUGGAUCUUGUUCUCGGUUCUAUCAAGUCAGAUGAGCUCAUCGUUAGUGGUGAAUAUGGUGAGGAUGCUUUCGUCGCCAAUUUGAAGUCGUACAGAGUCGAUGGACUCAUUGAUGCAGUUCGCCACUUACAGUAUAUGGAUGAUUAUUCCGCGCACGAUAUCUGGAUUACUGUUUUCGGCUCAGCUUGGGCUUCAAUUAACAGGAAGGAACAAGCUGAAAUUACUAGACAUAUGAUAGGUCUGUUGGCUCAAGAGUAUCACUUGAAGCAAGUCGACUCUCGCCCAAAUGUUAUACAGACAAUCUUGGAUGGUAUUCUAACAGCCUCUCCUUCUAUUGCCCUCCCCCCACAUCUCGUCAAAUAUCUCGGAAAGACAUUCAGUGCAUGGCACACGGCGAUUUUGUUAUUGGAACAGCUAACGGUGGUUGGACGAGAAAGUGAAAUGGUCAAUGAAAUUUCAAGAGACGCUUUAGCAGAGAUUUACGCAGAUCUUGCAGAAGAAGAUUUGUUUUACGGUCUUUGGAGGCGUCGUUCUGGAUAUCCCGAAACCAACGCAGCUCUGUCUUACGAGCAGCUUGGUUUAUGGUCAGAAGCUCAAAUUAUGCAUGAAAAUGCUCAAAUUAAAGCAAGAGCGGGUAACGUCCCAUUUAACGAGCCCGAAUACGCUGUCUGGGAAGAUCAUUGGGUUUUAUGCUCGCAAAAAUUACAACAGUGGGAUCUACUCACUGAUCUAGCAAAAAAUGAAUCCAAUGCUGAUCUCUUAUUCGAAUGCGCUUGGAGAACAUCUGACUGGUCGCAAGAUAGAGAAGUUAUAGAAGGAGCGUUCAAGAAUUUGGCUGACAUUGCAACUCCUAGAAGGAGAAUCUUUGAGGCGUUCAUGUCGUUGGUCAAAGCUCAGGAUACCAAUGAGCCAUCGAAUGAUUUUAAUAAGAUUACAACUGAGGCGAUUCAACUAUCACUCAAAAAAUGGCAUUCCUUACCGGAUAUUCCUGGCCCUGCAAACAUUCCUCUUCUCCAUACUUUCCAACAGUGUGUUGAAUUGUGGGACGCUUCAAACAUAUUCCAUACCUUUGCCGCCACAAAUGAAACUAACGUCGAGCAGCGUUCAUCAGAGAUUAAAAAUAUAGUACAUCAAUGGAGAGAUAGAAUGCCUAACUUAUGGGACGACAUUAAUCUGUGGUCUGACUUGGUGGCAUGGAGAUCGCAUGUAUUCCAAGCUAUCAACAAAGUCUACUUGCCAAUCAUCAACAACCUUCAAGCUAACGGCAAUGGUCAAACGAAUACCGGUCAAAACAGCUUUGGAUACAGAGGCUACCAUGAAAUGGCAUGGACUAUCAAUCAAUUUGCUCAUGUUGCUCGUAAACAUCAAUUGCAAGACGUCUGUAUCUCAUUACUCACCAAGAUCUAUACUCUCCCAAACAUUGAGAUUCAGGAAGCAUUUCUGAAAUUGCGUGAACAAGCAAGAUGUUUAUACCCAACAACAGAUGGACUGGGAGCUGGUUUAGAAGUAAUCAAUAACACUAAUUUACACUUUUUCGCUCCAUCGCAAAAGUCUGAAUUCUUUACACUUAAGGGAAUGUUUACGGCUAAAUUAGGCCUACAUGAUGACGCAACUCAGUCGUUUGCACAUGCUGUACAGACAGAUUUAAACUUGCCAAGAGCAUGGGCGGAGUGGGGACGUUAUAACGACCAGCAGUUCAAGGUGCAUCCUGAAAACAUGUCACUUGGUGCUAAUGCUAUUAGCUGCUAUCUUCAAGCUUCAGGCCUCUAUCGUAAUCACAAGUCUAGGAAACUCCUUGCACGGGUUUUGUGGCUACUCAGUUUGGAUGAUGUCAAUAUGACAAUCUCUAAAGCGUUCGAGGCUUAUAAAGGUGACUUCCAAGUAUGGUACUGGAUAACUCUUAUUCCUCAACUAUUGCUUUCGCUAUCGCAUCGUGAAGCGAGGCAUGCCCGUCUGAUCUUGAUACAGAUUGCAAAGAAGUAUCCACAAGCGCUUUUCUUCCACUUGCGCACAACGAGAGAGGAGUAUACAGUGUUGAGAAGACAAGCUCAAGCAGUAGCAGUGGCAAAGGCUGAAAGAGGUGAGCAAGGACCAAACCCACAUCUUGCGCCGCCAGCACAAGCCGCGUUGACGCCUCAAUUGGGAUCACCGGCAACAGCAAAUGCUAAGCCACAGCAAGGCAUGCAACAGCAAGCUACACAAGGUCAAGUUCCACUCUACAAGAACCCUUGGGACUGGGUGGAUGAAGUGCUGUCUAUACUCAAGACUGCUUAUCCACUACUAACACUCUCUCUCGAAACAAUGGUUGAUCAAAUUGCUGCACGUUUCAAGUCGUCGCCGGAAGAAGACGGGUAUAGAUUUGUGAAUGCACUGUUAGGGGAUGCAAUAAUGAAUUACGCCACGAGAGAUAAAGGGAGUUCGAUGGAGUUAUCACCAACUACAAGACAGGCUUUAAAUAAGUUUAUUGAACAAGCUGUGAUUGGGAAGCAGAAGCCAUUCGUGAAUGAGCCAGGUCUCGGUUCAGAGUUGCAAUUAUCGCAAUACAUUAGGAAGUUGAUGAUUUGGAGAAAACGAUUCGAAAAGGUACUCGAUUCAAGGCCAAGAUUCCAGUCGUUGGAGUAUUCGCGUAGGCAUUUGGUUGAAUUCCAUCUCAACAAGUAUGAUCAGAUUGAGAUACCAGGUCAAUACAACAAACAUGAAGAUGAAGAUAGGUCGACGUUCUUGAAGAUUGCGAGAAUAGCACCUAAGUUUGAGUUUUACAAGUCACAUGGGGUUAGUUGGAAGAGAAUUACAUUCGUUGCGGUGAAUGGCACAAGACAUCCAUUUAUGGUACAGAUGCCUCCCACCAGACACGUUAGACGUGAAGAACGUACUCAGCAAAUCUGUCGGAUCUUUAAUGCAGUGAUUGAUCGUCGUAAGGAGUGUAGACGGAGAAACAUAUACUUCAACGCACCUCUAUCGGUUCCACUGUCAACAAAUCUCCGACUUGUGCAAAAUGACCCAAGCACAGUGUCACUGGAGGAUAUUUCCAACAAACACUGCGAGGAGCUGGGAGAAGAUAGUAUCACGCCGAUACUGACAUAUAUUGAGAAACUCAAGUCGGUUUCGAAGGCGGAUGAUUCUGAAAUUACAACGUUGAAUCUCAAGAUGGAAAUAAUUGAGGAGAUUGCAAAUAAGUACGUUCCUGAAGAUGUGCUGACGAGGUAUAUGAAUCGAUCAGCCAAUUCACCAUCAGAAUUUUGGAUGUUGAGAAAGCAAAUGUCGAACCAAGUUGCGACGAUAAUCUUCAUGACGUAUGGCUUCUGCAUUGCACAUCGCCAACCACAUCGAAUCAUGAUUACGCCUUCAACUGGAUCAAUGCAUACCACAGAUGUGAUACCAGGGUUGAUUAAUCAAGAUUGUCAGCUAUCAAAUCCAGAAUCAGUUCCAUUUAGAUUGACGCCAAAUUUACAACAUUACUUGACGUCGAUUGGGAUAGAGGGAGUUUUGGUAUCAUCAAUAGUAUCGUUGGGGAGAUGUUUGACGGAGCCGCAGUAUGAUUUGGAGAACCAAUUGAAUCUGUUCGUUAGGGAAGAUGUGUCGAGUUGGUACACGAAUCAACGCCGUCAGAGCCCUUCGGAUGGUGAAGUGCGUAACUCGAUACAGCAGAAUGUUGACGGGAUAGUUGCGCGAGCUACGGUAUUGGGUUGCAAGUAUGAACGUGACCAGUUUAACUUGAACCAAGGACAAGGUCAGGGCGCGAGCGGCGGUAGCACCAACAACCAGAAAGUGAUACCUGCUUGUCAAAGUGUCUUGGAUUUGAUUGCCAAAGCAACAAAUCCAAUUGAGCUUGCUAAAAUGGAUCCACAAUGGGCGCCAUGGAUUUAA